AUGAGAUGUGAGGAGCGUUUCUUUUUCCACGACGUCUCUCUGCUGCUUGUGCUGCUGGCGCUGGGCUGUUCUGGUGGUGGAGGUGGUGGUGGAGGUUCCGCAAGCCACGGCCGCAAUUCCCUACGAACGGACAAAGUCGGGGCCAAGUCCGGGUCCAAGAUGAUGAACAAGGUUGUUCAACGUGUUGGAGAAUCAAAAGAAGAUGGCGAUGUGAUGUGCACACACAGACAAUCGGGCCCAGAUGUCGACAGCAGUCAGGCGAUUUCUGAAGGACGAUUGACGCAAGGUAUGACUGGACUGCCGGUUUGAUGGAGGGGGUUGAGGUUUUUGUUUUCCUCCUUAGCGGGCGUUAAAUGUGCGUGAUGGUAGGCUGCAUGCUCCCAAAGGACGCAAGAAAAUCACGAAAGUGAAGAUGAUGUCCACCCCUGUCCAAACCGUAGGCGUAGAGAAAAGAGCGAGUCGAGGUAACGUCGAUAAUGUCGUAACCGAAACCACACGAGGAAACUGGGAACAGAAAAAGAGCGUGAUGGCGAGAGGGAGAGAGAGAG